AUGAAUUUAAUGGAUACGGAUACUUCAUCAAGUUCGAGUUCAUCAGAAGAAGAAUUAGUUUUUGUUCGGAGAAGAAAAAUAUACCGAGAUCGUCAAAAUUAUUACGAACUAUACGAUGAUUUGGAUUUUUUCUGUAGAUUUCGUUUGACGAAACCUACAGUAAUGCAAAAUUUCAGAGGAGGAUGUGUCCCACCCUUGCUACAAUUAUUGCUAACAUUAAGAUUUUUUGCCACUGGGUGUAUGCAGAUUACUGCUGCUGAUUUUAUCGGUGUAUCGAGGGCUACGGCAUGUCGUGUUAUAUCAAGGGUAACAACAGCAUUAGCAGCUCUAAGGCCUAGAUAUGUGAAGAUGUAUUCCGAUAAUGCCGAAAUGCAAAGAGCAUCAGAAGAUUUUUAUGGCUUAGCGUCGUUUCCAAGAGCAAUAGGAGCAAUAGACUGCACUCUGAUAAAAAUUGAUUCGCCUGGAGGAGAAGAUGCAGAAAUCUUCAGGUGCAGAAAGGGUUUUUUUGCAUUAAAUGUUCAGACUAUUAGUGAUGCUAAAUUAAAAAUCCGAAACAUUGUUGCAAGGUGGCCAGGAUCUGUACACGACCAAACUAUUUUUAAUAAUAGUCAAGUCAAAAGAGAAUUUGAAACAGGCAGGUACGGAAGGUAUAUUUUAGUUGGAGAUAGUGGAUAUGCAUUAAAAAAAUAUCUAAUGACAAAACUGUUGGAGACCAAUACCGAUGCUGAAAAUUUAUACAAUGAAUCCAUAAUACGAACCAGAAAUGUUGUCGAGCGUCAGUAUGGUGUGUGGAAGAGGCGGUUUCCAAUUUUAAAGAAUGGGAUGCGGGUAAAGUUGGAAACUGCAAUGGAUAUUAUUGUUGCUACGGCUGUAUUGCACAAUAUUGCCCUCGACAUGUCUGAAGACAUCCCAGGGGAAUGGCUAGAAGAUGCUGAAGAGGGAGAAAAUGCUGAAGAGGGAGAUGGCAUUUUGGAAUUGCCAAAUGAAAAUAUUAAUUUUGGUAGACAAUUUAGACAAGUACUAAUAAACCAACACUUUGCUGGACUUUUGUAACUAUCGAACUUGUAAUAUAAUUGUUUGAAAUACCUUUUUAGCUAAAUAAAAAUUUAUUUAUUUGUU